UAGGAUGUCAUUUGCUUCGGAUUUCACGUCGUAUAAUCAAAGCAAUCAAAGUUUUGCGGUUUAUAGUGCUUCUCAUGUCAGCGUUUUCUGGGAUCCGUUGUGCAAUAAAAUUGGCGAUCGAACCUCCGCAAAGGUUUAGCCAUUUUCGGUAAAAGCAGGAACUCGGGGUGGGGCAUUCCUGUGACAGGAAACCGUAGACUGAAUCAAACCUCUAAUCAUGACAAUAUCGUGAGUAUUUAAAUCUCGAUAGAAAAGAGAAAAUAGCAAUUAUGGCACGGCCCAUCGUUCCUAGCCAGCAAAAGCUGGCUGAGAAGCUGACUAUUUUAAACGAUCGUGGAAUCGGUAUGCUCACACGCAUUUACAACAUAAAGAAAGCCUGUGGCGAUGCUAAAUCUAAACCUGGAUUCCUAUCCGACAAAUCGUUGGAGUCUUCUAUUAAAACGAUUGUCAGAAAGUUCCCCAACAUUGAUAUUAAAGGAUUGCAAACUAUCACAAAUCUAAGGAACGAGAUUAUAAAGUCGUUGUCCUUGUAUUAUUACACAUUCGUCGACCUCCUGGACUUUAAAGAUAAUGUUUGUGAACUAUUAACAACUAUGGAUGCUUGUGGAGUUCACAUGGAUAUCACGAUUAAUUUCGAUUUGACAAAAGGCUAUCUGGAUCUAGUUGUUACCUAUGUCAGUUUAAUGAUCCUACUUUCAAAAGUGGAGGAUCGAAAAGCAGUUCUUGGACUCUUUAAUGCUGCUCACGAAAUGGUGCAUAGCCAAUCAGACCAAAGCUUCCCACGCCUGGGUCAAAUGAUCAUGGAUUACGACACCCCUCUAAAAAAGCUCUCCGAGGAAUUCGUACCACACUCAAAACUACUGAAAAACGCUCUAACUUCCCUAUGGCCAAUAUACCCCGGGAGAAAUUUAACUGCCGACACUUGGAGAGCAGAUCAAAAACUCAGCCUGGUCGGUAGUCCAGGUCAAAUCCUAAAAGCUGCAGCCACCGACACAAUGUCCUGCGAGACUCUAAGUUUAGACAGAGUCGAAAGGUGGGUCAUCCUUGGCUUCACCCUCUGUCACUCUUUUCUCAGCCAAGAACAGCCUAACCAGCUCUGGACCACAGCUCUGGAAUCCGGCUGGGUUCUCGCCCUCUUCAGAGACGAAGUAAUUUAUAUCCACCAAUAUAUCCAAUCCUUUUUCGAGGGCAUAAAAGGCUAUGGCAAGAGAGUUUCCGAGGUGAAAGAAUGCUACAACCACGCGAUUCAAAAAGCCGGAUAUCGCCACAGAGAAAGGAGAAAAUUCCUCAGAACCGCCCUUAAAGAACUGGGGCUAAUUUUAACUGACCAGCCGGGUCUCCUUGGCCCCAAGGUGCUUCUAAUUCUAAUGGGCCUCUCGCAUUCCAGAGACGAAGUCCUCUGGCUUCUCAGGCACAGAGACAAUCCUCCGAAUCAGGGGAAAGGCAAAGGACGAGGAGGUGAAGACUUGGUUGAUAGACAACUUCCCGAGCUACUCUUCCACUGCGAGGAACUUAGAGCGCUCGUCAGAAAAUACUCCCAAGUUCUUCAGCGAUACUACGUCCAGUUUCUCUCCGGAUUUGAUGCGCCAGCUCUACAUCAGAUGAUCCAGAAUCUACCUGUUUGUCCGGAGGAAGAGGGAGCGAUUUUGAGCGACCUGUGCUCGCAGAUUGCGAGUCUCACAGUCAAACAAGUGGAGGACAAUGAGCUCUUCGACUUCAGAGCCUUCAGGCUCGACUGGUGCAGACUCCAGGCCUACAUGUCCAUUGCUAAGAGUGGCAUGAAUCUCAUGGACAAUAGAGAGCUCGCCUCCUUCAUGGAUACCGUCGUUUUCCACACGAAGAUGGUCGACAAUCUAGAUGACAUACUCGUCGACACCUCCGACCUUUCGAUCUUUUGUUUCUACAGCAAGAUCUUCGAGGACCAGUUCCACAUGUGCCUCGAAUUCCCAGCUCAGAAUCGAUACAUCGUGGCUUUUCCGCUUAUUUGCAGCCACUUCCAAAGUUGCACACACGAGCUCUGCCCCGAGGAACGUCACCAUAUCAGGGAAAGGAGUCUGUCGGUCGUGAAUAUGUUCCUAGAUGAAAUGGCAAAGGAGGCGAAGAACAUCAUCACAACGAUUUGUGACGAACAAUGUAAUAUGAGCGAUAAGCUGCUCGCUAAACACUGCGCAGUUCUCAUAUCGCAGACUUUGAAUCGAAAGAAGAAAGACAAAAACAAGAAGAAUAUGAUCGAGAUCCUCAAGCCGGGGAUUGAGAGUUACAGAAAAACUAGAGAAGAUCUCACGACGAUGGAUAAAUUGCACAUGGCCUUGACUGAACUCUGUUAUGCUAUCAAUUAUUGUCCUACGAUCAACGUCUGGGAAUAUACUUUUGCACCUAGAGAGUAUCUUCAUCAGCAUUUGGAGAACAGAUUUGCACAGGCUUUAGUCGGAAUGGUUAUGUUCAAUCCGGACACUAGCGAAAUUGCUAAACCUUCAGAGUUAUUCGGCAGUGUUCGAGCCUACAUGAAUGUUCUGCAGACUGUUGAAAACUAUGUGCAUAUCGACAUCACGAGGGUUUUUAAUAAUGCUUUGCUACAGCAGACACAAACUCUGGACAGUCAUGGAGAGAAGACGAUAGCUGCUCUUUACACGCAAUGGUACUCGGAGGUUUUGCUGAGAAGAGUCAGCGCUGGAAAUAUUUGUUAUUCUGGAAACCAAAGGGCCUUUGUUAGUCUCACUGUCGAGGGAGCGAUUCCUUUUAAUGCUGAGGAGUUUUCGGACAUCAAUGAACUUAGAGCUUUGGCGGAACUCAUCGGGCCCUAUGGCAUGAAGAUGUUAAACGAGACUCUAAUGUGGCACAUCUCGAGCCAAGUGCAAGAACUAAAAAAACUCGUUGCCGGAAACAAGGACGUGCUGAUCGCUCUGAGAACCAACUUCGACAAACCGGAAGUCAUGAAAGAACAAUUCAAGAGGCUGCAACAAGUAGACAACGUGCUCCAGCGAGUGACAAUCAUCGGAGUGAUCCUGAGCUUCAGACAACUCGCGCAAGCUGCUCUUGUCGACGUCCUCGAAGAACGAAUUCCAUUUCUACUAAGCUCAAUUCUGGAUUUCAAACACCAUCUGCCGUCAGGCGACCCGAUGCGAGUCGUUUCCGAAAUGACCUCAGCCGCUGGCCUUACUUGCAAGGUCGAUCCCACUCUGACCACAGCCCUCCGAACUCAGAAGGCUGAGGCCGACGACGACGAACAUCUUCUAGUUUGUCUUCUGAUGGUUUUCGUAGCCGUUUCAAUUCCGAAGCUCGCGAGAAAUGAAAAUUCCUUCUACAGGGCUUCUCUAGAGGGCCAUUCAAAUAACAUUCAUUGCAUGGCAACUGCAAUCAAUAAUAUUUUUGGGGCGCUUUUUACGAUUUGUGGUCAGAAUGAUAUCGAGGACAGAAUGAAGGAAUUCCUUGCUCUCGCUUCUUCUAGUUUGCUAAGAUUGGGCCAGGAAAAUGACAAGGAAACUACGAAAAAUAGGGAGUCGGUGUAUCUGCUUCUCGACCAAAUUGUCCAAGAAUCUCCAUUCCUUACGAUGGAUUUGUUGGAGAGCUGCUUUCCUUACGCGUUGAUUCGCAAUGCUUAUCACGACGUUUACAAGUUGGAACACGCUCAACCUUAAGAAACUAUUUUUUUCGAAUCCACAGGCCCUUUCGGAUGAAAAGAACUUCUCCGGAUUUCUUGUUCGUUUUUGUUUUUUUUAUCGCAUUUGUUUCUUAAUUUCUCAUAGAGUAAAAGCUAAAUAAGAGUAGUUAUUUAAUAGUCACAAAGUUAUUUGAUAGUCAUAAAGUUGUUCUUCAAAAAUCGAAAAAUUUUAUAGAAAUGUUUUCAUGUGCUGCGAAAGCAGUGGAACAUUUGCGUAAUUAUUUGCAACUGAAAAAGAGUGCAAAGAAUGUACAGUUUUAGUAGAUUGUUACGUAAUUUUUAUAAUUUAAUUUUGUGCAAAAGUUUCUCUAAAGUCUGAAACUUGAAGUCUGUAAUAUGCAUCAAAAUAAUUUUAUUUUUAAUUUAUAAUUUUUUACGAGCUUAAAAGUAUUCUUUCCUGAAAACAAAUUCAGUUGAAAACGUAAUUCAAUAUCAAAAAUUAAAUUUAAGGAUAUCAGGCGAAUGAUCAAAACACAAGUCUAUAUUUUUCCAAACAAGCUAGGAUUCUUUUGAAUAGUUUUCGAAAUAUUUAAGGAGAAAAUCUUUCAUCAUAUCCAACAUUGGUUUACCUAUCAGGAAUGAAUUUUUUUAGUGAUAAAUGCAAGAGAAAAAUCGACUGACUUAUCUCAAAUGAAAAAAUCCACAAAAAUUUUCUAACAUAAGUGUAUGUAUAGUAGCUGAAAGAGAAUUUUUUUUUUAGUUAGCCCCUUUUUUGAUAAUAUUUUUAGUCGAAUCGCAAUGUCAUGUAGGAAUCAUAGUAUCCAAUUGUAUACUGCUUUAUUUACGGGCUAUUUUGUAUCUGCAAGUAUGGCGAUGUGUAAGUGGAACUUUCAUUAUUAUAGAAAAAUGGAAGCAAAAGCGUUUAGUUAUAAGUUUUACUCCACUAUUUGGUAUAUCAGACUCCUUAAACCUAUUAUUGAACUCUGGUGUACUUAAAUACAGAUAGUACUGCAUUAAUCUCGAUUUUUUUAUAUGUACAAUACGAUAACUAUUUGCAAUAGUUUGUAAAAUAAAUCAAAUUAAAGAGCUAAAAUUCUUACUCGAAU